AUGAAACGAAGUUUGCCAUCUCAGUCGUCAAUAUUUAAUUUUUUUCAUAAUAAAACCAAUCAAACUGAAUUGGAUACAGAAUUAAUUACUACAGAAGAAGUUCCGUGUGCGUCUACUAUUGAAAACGGUGCAAUAGAAACAGAUGAAACUUGCGACAUAUCACGAAUAGAACAAAUGUCCUUAUGUGUGAAGUAUAUUGAAGAUUGUAGUAUUAGGGAAGAUUUUUUAACUUUUAUUCCUAUUUAUGACGCAUCAGGAAAUGGAUUAGCCCGUACAAUAAUGAUUGAAAUAGAAAAAUUAGGUUUAAAAAAGGAAAACUGUAGUGAAGAUCGUCUAACAGUUUUAGCUUUAUUGUCAGUCCACCGAGGUAUCCAAAUAGAUAUUGAAGAAAUAAUCAAUACAUUUUCCAGAAUGCCACGUAAAGUUGACUUCGUUUUAUGA